AUGAAAACGUUUGCAACAUUGGUGACAGCCUUCGCUGCAUUCUCAAUGGCGUUUGACUGCUCCAUACCCGAGCUUGAAAAAUACAAUCUCGAGGUGGUACGUGGUGUUCAUGCUGUGCUGGAUUUGACGCAAACCCCGCCUUCAGAGACCAAUCAAACAUGGUACGUGGGUGUAUGCUCUUCAAUCGACAAAGUGGACGCUUGUCCUGAUGGUCUGGAUGUGUGUGGCAUCACCAAAGUGCGUGUAAAGGAUACUGAAUUAACCACAAACAUCAUCGGUAUCGGUUCAGCUCUGACGAAAAAGUUCAAUGCUAUUGACGGCGACGAAUCCAAGGGUGUGAUCAUCACGUAUGAGGGAGUCCAAUGGGGCUCGAAGAAGGUCGAUGCUGAGCUCCGUUUCGUUUGUGACCUGACAAAGGAAAAAGGGAACCUCGAAGUUGUUUCUUGGGAUGGCCACAAGGUCACGGUUCAGAUAGUCACUAAAGGUGCAUGUCUUACCAAACGUGGUGACAAGAAGAAAGAUCCUCUGGAUGACUCGGGUCACGCAGAUAAAGGUGAGCUGUGGGGGUGGUUCACGUGGAUUUUCAUCUUCAUGGUGUUGUUCUUGAGUAUAUACAUAAUUGGCGGGGCUUGGUUUCAGUAUAACAAGGGAAACUCCAUUGACUUCCAGAGCGCUUUACGUGAGGUCGUUGAAAACUUCGUUGACGUUGUUAGAGGGUUGCCAGCAUUUGUGCUGGAGAUUCUCAAAAAAGUCACUGGCAACAGCAAUCGUGGCGAAUACUCAGCAGUGUAA